AUGAGUUCAAGCCGUCGUAACCGCAAUAUUAAUUAUGAUAGUGAAGAAGAAGAUGCAGGUCCAAGUAAAAGGACACGAAGGAGACAAAAUAAUAUAGAAACUAGUAGACCUGUAAAGCGUAGUCGACGUGAACCUGUAGAAUCAUCAUCCUCGAGCGAUUCUUCACAAGAAGAACUUAACGUUCAAUCAUCAUCACUUGCUGAUAAAACAAUAAAAAAGAUGUCAACCGAAGUUGUUCGACUUGCUUUGGCUUGCGAACUUCGCAAAGUUCCUUUAAGGCGUGAAGAAGUGGUGAGAAAAGGCAUGUAUUUAUGUGUGUUGGUCGAUCAUUCAAGAGCUUUUCCAGUAGUACUGUUAAAAGCUCAAGAAAAAUUGCGUGACAUAUUCGGAAUGGAUUUAGAGGAAUUGCCUACAAAAGAAAAAUCAACCGUUGCACGUCGACGUGUCAUAAAAAAAGAAAAUGCAUCCGCUAAAUCUUUUAUGUUGCGAAAUAUUCUUCCAAAGAAGCUCAGAGAAAUUAAUUUAAUUCAAUGGGAUAAAAAUCAAGAAUUGGAAAAAAUGGGCCUUCUUACGGUCAUUCUCAGCUUGAUUCACGUGAACGGAAGAACAUUAUCGGAUGAUCAACUUGAUCAUUACUUCCGGCGACUUCGCCUUGGAAACGAACCCUUUGAUACAACCAAAUUGAUAGCAACUUUCAUUAAACAAGGCUAUCUGAACAAACAGAAAGUUAGUGCAAUUGAAAAUUCCCGAACAUCAGAAAAAGAUCCUGUCGAAUACCGAUGGGGUCCAAGAGCAAAGAUUGAAUUUUCCGAAUCAAGCAUUUGUGAUUUUAUUAAAGGAAUCUAUGGAGAUGAUGCAUUACCUGACCUUCCUAAACAAAUUGAAAGAGCAUCCGGACUUGAAUUUAAAAUGUGA